AUGAGAGAGAAUGACGCGAGUGAGAAUGUAGGGGAUGAAAUAGAACUAUCACCUAAGAGAAAUGUCGUUAGAAAGUAUGGAAGAGCGCGUCCUGAGGAAACAGACAGACAACCGAGUCCUACUAUUGCAAUAGAGAAGCCAACAGUCGAAGAGACCAACUUACUAAGUGAUGAUGGCACAAACGAAAAAGAUGAAAAAGAUGAACACGCGGAACUACGCAGAGAACUUGGUCUUGGAGGUUGGAAUGAUGAAGUUGACGCUAUUGACACAAUGCCAGAGGAACAGUUGCGGAGUCUACCAGCAAACCUUCUCGACGAGUUUGACAGCGAUCCCGAAGAAAAUACAGAGAGCCAUUUCAGCCGAUCUAAAGAUCAGGAGGAGGAUUACAGCCUUUCGAUGGCCGAGAAGCGCAAGAUUGAAGAGAAGCAGCCAGCUGUUGAACUCGGUGAAGCGAACGAUGAUAUCAUCCUCAUGGACGCUAAUACCGUGCCAUCCCACCAGCCGUUGCCAUUCGAGGAAGACGAUAUGGACGAAAUACCGACAAAAACCAAGAAACCAAAAGGUAUGAAUAAGAAAGAUGUUGACGAGUUGCAUCGCGAGACGGCCAGGAUGGUUAGAGAGCAAAACAUCCGACUUGAAUCACGCAAUACGAAGAUGACAUUAGCAGACUACUAUGCGAAGUUGGCAAUUAAAAGGGGUCACGCUGAAAACAAGGCUGAGGAGAUACUCCAUGAUGACAAAGAACAGCCUGCUGAAAGCACAAUUCUUACGAAUUCAAAGGAGGAACCAAAAGAGCAUUCAAAGAUGAACAAACCUGAGGAGACACCAGAUAGUCUCACCCAGCAAGAUCUCAACCAGAAGAAAAAAGAACAGUCGGAGAAGCUCAAAUUGCUCAAACUUCGCGCUUUGAAAAAUACAAGGAAACAGAAGAGUCCAGAAGUAGAUGUAAAUAAAGACGACGAUGAUAUCGAGAUCCUCGCCGACGAGAACCCGGCAGUGGGACCUCUCGCGCGUGCUGCCGGAGCCAGAUUAGGUGCAGGCAAGGAAGAUGCAUCGUCCAAAUUAGCAGCCAAGCGUCGUUGGGAUAGCCGCGAAGCCCACAGAAUCAGGAAAUUUGUAGGUAUAUCUGAGCGUGGUAAAUCAGGUGCGAAGAGACGCAGAAGCAGUGAAGGCACGCCUAACAAGAAAGGAAAACUUCUCACGAAUGAAGAACUUAUGGAGAAUAUAAGGCAAAAGGCUCUUAACCAGGAACUAGAAUUUAAGAAUGAAACUGAAGUACUUGGGCGCUCGCGAAAGAAUAAAUAUCAUAUACCCAAACCUAAAACAGAGUUGGCAGAGCGCGUUGAUCCAAUUGAAGUAGCCUUGAAACGUGCAGCCAAACGAGCAGAAGAUGACUACGACGCAGCAGAUGAUGAAGGAGAUAGUGAAGAUGACCCUGAAGAUGGAAAUUGGCUCGGUUCUGCUGAAGAGGACAACAACGAGAAUGAAAACAAUGAAAAUGAUGCAAACCACAACGACUCAGAAGCGGACUCGGAGGAACCUGAUGAAAAUGAGAAGGAAAAGGAAAAUCAUUCAUCAUUCUCAUCGAAUGCGACGAGUAGCAGACUCGGAAACACGCGUAAACCACUAGGUGAAGCUGCUGGACAUGCUUACGACAAUAUGAGCGAUAGCGAUAGCGAACCGCGCGGAUACAGACGGAUAAGGAGGAUUAUCAACGACGUAAAUGAAGAUAAUCAAGAAGAUGAUAGUCAAGUAUCAAACAGACUCGAAUCUCCAUUUGCGGGAGAUUUGCAACCUGAGUUCUACAUGAACAAGGAUGGACUGCUUACACAAUCGAAGCCGCAAACAGAAUUUAGUGAUGAGGAUAUCAUUAUGGAUGACGAUGACGGUCCUAGACAAAAUAACCUGCUAAAACGUAACUCUUACAAUAGUGAUAAUGAAGUCGAGGCACGCCCUAUACGUGAGAGAAGGCCGAUUGAUGGAACUCAACAAACUGAACAAACUGAACAGACGCAAAAACAGUCUACUCAAGCCACACAAGCAGCCACGCAGAUUGAAACACAAUUUGACAAUCAAGCUCAACGUAUGAGUCCAACGCAAGCUGAAACGAUACCUAACAUAAAGGAAUCUACACAAUCAGUCGAACGCAAGACGUUAACCCAACCAAAGAGUGCUUUUGAUACACUCAAGGUGGGUAUGAAGAAGCAAGAAGCUAAAAUUCAACAGAAAAAAUCAGGAGCACCAAUCGAUCCACGUUUCUUCGAAGCUCAAGCAGAAGAAUCCGACGAAGAGAACCUAAUGGGUCUGAUAAGUGAAGAUGAGGAAGAGGAUGACGGUGUCGAUCGACAUCUGGAGGAACUCGUAAAUGAUGAAAGGGUUGCGAAAGAAUUACGUGAAAAGCAAGACAAACUCGCAACCGAGAAAUAUCAAGAACAAAGGCAACAAGAUGACGAAUUGGACAAGAAGGUUGCCCAAAAUGCAGUAGAUGGUCGCUACAGAUACAGGAGGAGACAUCGUACAGAGGACGGUUUAGAUAUGAGUAGUGAUGACGAUGAUAUUGAAUUCAUGAAAGCCCAAGAGCAACUAGCCGCGCGGAUGGAAAAGAAGAGGAGGAAGCACGCUGGAGAAGAGCCAAUGGAUGUUAUAGCUCGCAACCCACGGACAGCGGCGUUUGCUGCAGCAUUUGAAGCUCCAGCCAAUGCUGAUGAUUUUGAAGCUGAAUUUGACGUUGAACACACGGGAGGAGCGCUGAUUGAACAACCUGAAGAAACUAACCAAGGUAUUAUCUCAGAUGACGAUGGAGAAGAUAGUGAUAAUUCAGACACCAGUGCAGCAGCUCCUCAGAAGCACUCAACUCUGAAAGAAGAAACAGAAGCAAUGCGCAGAUUCAUGGAAAAGAAGCAUGCUUUCAAUAACACUUAUUCGAGUGACUCAGAAGAUGAGAGUCAGGCUAUGCAGUAUGUCAGGAAAGGCGAUCCUGGUAAGCAGAAGCGUAAGCCACAAGCCACAUCGCAUCAUAAUAAUGAUGAUGACGAGGUUGUUACGUCAUAUACACAAGGACGGAAGCCAUUAUCACCUCGUUCCUUGAGCAAAUUGAAGAAGUUCGCUCAGGAUGAAGGAACCGGUGCUAAUUUCAAUCCAAACGGUGCGACGAAGAGUGGUGUUACGUCUUUCUUGGCGGAUUCUAAUAGAAGUCAGGGCAAGCAGGACAAAGGAGGCAAGAAAAAGUCAAAACCUUCUUCGCAAAAUAGCUCUCAGAAGUCACAACAGCCAUCAUCACAGUCAUCACAAUCUAAACCAGCGUCCAAACUUAGUUCAUUUGGUAAAUGGGGUUAAACAAAG